AUGCUCGAGCAGGAACAGCAGCAGCGUCAGCAGCUGCAACAGCUGCAGCAGCUGCAGCAGCAGCUGCAGCAGCAGCUCGAUACUGCGAAUCUCUCUGAGCUACUCCUCUCUGAAUGGCGCCAACGGGAGGGGUGCGCCGCAGCAGAAGGCCUCCCCCAUUCGAAAAGCAGCAGCAGCAGCAGCAGUGGAGGCUGUUUGAACGGCAGAUUUGCUGCUGGGGGCCUCCUUGGUGCAGCAGCAGGUGGUCAGGAUUCGUCAAGCCGCCACCAUAACAGCAGCGGCAGCACUGGGGCCCUAUCGUCUUGUACAUUCUCUCCUCACGCAUCGUCUCCUGCUGCAGCAGCAGCUGCUGCUGCAGCAGCCAAUUGUCUGCAGAGUGCAUCGGGUUCUCCUUCACUUGCAGUCCUUAGGACUUCUAUGGGGGGUCCCCCUGGUAGCCCCUCCGGGGGGCCCCUUGGAGGCCCCCCGUUAGGGGGCCCCUCUGGAGGAUCCCCUCUGGGGGGCCCCUCUUUAGGGGGCCCCCCAAAUGAGAUGGGAGUGCAGCGUGUGGACGCAACCCUGGGAGGCAACCGGCCUCAUUAUCAUGUGGCUAAGCAAGAGUGGAGGGUAAGAUAUUAUAUGAACGGCAAGAGAAGAAUGCGAACAUACAGUGCGAAGUUUUAUGGAUAUGAUACGGCGCAUCAAUUGGCGCUGAAGUUUGCUGCUUAUGUUAACACCUACGAAACGCUGCCGCUGCAGCAGCAACAAUUGCUGCAGCAGCAACAUGUACUGCAGCAACAACAGCAACACCAGCAACACCAGCACCAACAGCAGCAGCAGAAUACCGCGAUGGAUAUCGACGCCCCUCAGAAUGAGAAGGAACAGCUGCCGCAGACACAGCCGCAGCAGCAACAGCAGCAGCUCUCGCAGCGCCAGCUGCAGCAGCAGCAGCUGUUGCAGCUAGCUGCUGCAGAGCACUUGGCCGCAGCAGGCUCUUCGUCCUCAGCAGAAGCGGAGGGGCCCCUUGGGGGCUCCCUUCUUUCAAACCGGAGAUCAGUUGCUAACUGCACAGACAGCAGAGACAGAAGAGGGGCCUCCACAAGAGUCGAGACACACCGAGCUGCUGCUGCUGCUGUUGCUGCUGCAGCUGCUGCUGCCAGCCCUCCCCGGUACCUCUUGAGAGCCCCUAAGGGCCUUUUCCAAACUGCGCUGAGUUUGGGUGGUGGAGGGGCCCCCAGCAGCUUGCAGCAGCAACAGCAGCAGCAGCAGGCAUCGGCUGCAGCAGCCGCUGCGCAGUGCAGUGCGGGUUUAGCAUGGCAGGAGCAGCAGGAGCAGCAGCAGCAUCAUCACCAUCACCAGCAGGAGCCACAGGAUCAGCAGCAGGAGCUGCAGCAGGGGAGGAGAAGCCCGCUGCAGCGAGCGCCUGAAGAGCUGCGACGCAAGAGGCAGCUAAGAGCGAGAAUGGGGGCCCCCCCAGUGUAUGAGGCCCCAGGGCCCAAUGAAGAAACUGCUGCUUGGUUUGAUUGUUUUCUUAAAGAGUUUGUUCGAGAGAAGAUAAAUGCUGCAGCAGCAACGCGCAGCAUAAACAACUCUGUUCCCCCUGGGGCCCCGCAAGACAGAGAAGCGCUGCUGCACCUGGCCUUCCACGACUUCAAUCAAUUCACACUGCAGCGCAGCAGCAGCAGCAGCAGCAGCACUGCAGGAGGCAACAGAAGGGGGAGCAGCAGCACCGGGAGAAAUGGCUGCGGAGUUUCGUCUGCCAGUGCGUUGCUUCGCGCUGCUGCUGCUUCGCCUGCUCGGUCUUCAGCAGCAGCUAGCAGCAGCAGCAGGGUUGACUGUAUGAAGGCGCUUAUUCCUGAGCUGCAGGAAUCCCUUAACGGCUGCAGAGCAGCAGCAGAAGGGCGCGGCAGCAGCAGAAAUGAUAUCCCUCGGCAUGCUUCUGGACAAGACCCAAGCAGCAGCAGCAGCAGCAGCAGCAGCUGGGUGCCUGGAGCAACCCCUUCUUUGCUGCUGUCUCUCAGCCGCGUAGUAACUGAACUCUCUAGCAGCUCUUGUCUUUUAAUCUAUCAAAUAAAAGCUGUUAUGCAGCACGCAGCAGCCUUGACGCAGCAGGCGAGGAGCCACCAAGCUGCUGCUGCUGCUGCUGCUGCUGCUGAAGCAGAAGCUGCUGAAGCUACAGCUCCUCCUACAGCAGCAACAACAGAAACAGCAGCAGCAAAAAAUGCAGCAACGACAGAACGCAGAGAAGGCGGAGCAUCGCCCGAACCGGCAGCAGCCGGAGCAGCAGCAGCAGCAGCAGCAGUAGAGAGGGGGCGUGGCUGCAGCAAGGACAGUGAAGACAGCGAAGCAGCAGCAGCAAAUGCGGCCCCAGAGGGACAAUCUCCUCUCAAACUCCGCAAGAUAGAGAACAACAAAGCAGCAGCACCUGCUGCAGCGUCUGCUGCAGCAGAACAUGCCCUCCACCAACAGCAGCAACAGCAGCAGAAGCAGCAGCGGCAGCAGCAACAGGAGAAGGAAGAAC